AUGUUGAAGACAAGUAAUGGUCUGGAGUAUCACAUCCAACACCACACGGGCAAGAAUGUUUUGUGCGUAGCUUGUGGCAAGUUGUUCUACACAGUAUCACAUCUCAAAAAGCACACGGCCAGGCAUCAUGACCCCACGCCCAAGGAGCCGGGUGAGAAUUUCGAGUGCUUGCACUGCUCCCGCAAGUAUGCCACUAAAGCCUCCCUUAGAAACCACAUUAUGAUAGUCCACCUCAAGGAGAUGCCCUACGAGUGUGAGGAGUGUGGACUUAAGUUUACAUUGAGAUACAGGCUGAACAGGCACGUUGCCUGUCACAAGCAGAGGAAGUUCUGGUGCGACUGCAACCAGAGUUUCGUGACCAAGGACGGUCUGAACAGACACAAGAUGACGCACGUCAACUUCAGACCGUACGUGUGUGACAUGUGCGGGCUGACGUUCACGCAGAAGGGCUCGGUGUUGAGGCACAUAGUGACGAGCAUGAGGGGAAGGACGAGAGUGGGGGAGCUGAUGACAGGUGCUGAAGCUCCACACAAGCAGUCUGAAGCCAGCAAGCUGGAGUCCAACAUGCCUAUGACCAUCGUGCCUCAGCAUUGUCAAGCGGCGGUAUUAAAGGAACAUGGCAAGAUUGCUUAG